UAUAUAUGUACAUGGACUUUUUUGUGAUGUGUAGCUUGCCACGUGUUUGGUAAUUCCAGGCACUCCUGUAAAAUCAAUCGCUAAAAGUCACGUUGACAGCUGGUUGAUAUAUCCAUCUGGCGACUGAAUUUGUUACUAGAAAAUGACAGUUCUGUGUAUAUGUCAACGCAUCGGUGAUGUUGAUUGCAGAUAGAUCAGAUCUGUCAAAAUCCGCAAACUGCGAGAUGGAAUCGUUAAAUCCAAUGCACGUGUGUAAAUUUAUGACAGAGUAAAUAACAAACUUUUGUAAAUCCUCUGUGAUCUUCGAGAUUGAUCGUGACAUAACCUAUAAUUAUCAAUCCUCGGCUUCAAAAUGAUGCAACAAUAUAUGAAGGAAUUGGAGCAGGAUCCAUUUGACCCUGAAGAAUUUGUUGAACGUUUGGCUUGGAGGACUGUCAAUGAUAAUACGAAAGAUGGAGGAAAGACAUUCUUCGAUCCGGUUAUCGUUCAUGAGACCUUUUUGCAAGCGAUUAAGGACUUGCAGGUAUUGCAGGAACGUCAGCAAAAGAAGUGCGAUAAACUGGAGGUUGCAUUGAAGGAAGAGGAAGCUCGGCAUGCGGUUGAGAUAUUAGGAUUGCAAGAGAGAAAUAGACAUUCUAUCGAGUUGUUUCAUCAAUUAGACGAGAGAAUAAACCUCGUGGCUACUAAGGUCCUACACUUGGGAGAUCAGUUAGAAAGUGUCAAUACGCCAAGAGCAAGAGCAGUGGAGGCUCAAAAAUUGAUGAGACACUUUUCAGAAUUUUUAAGUCCGGGUCCAUUGACGGAUCCAAUUUUCACUGAUAAAUCUUCGUUGAAUGAAGCCGCAGAUGUGAUACAGAAACUUUAUCUCAUAGCUCAAGAAUUACCCUCUGAAAAGUUCGAACACGCUAAAAAAAAGAUCAAUGUUAAAUAUGACGAGAUAGAACGAAAUUUAAUUGAGGAGUUUGCGAGAGCGCAUAGUAGAGAAGAUGCACCACGUAUGAAGGAGUUGGCCAGUACUCUGGCUCAUUUCAAAGGUUAUUCUCAGUGUAUCGACGCGUUUAUAGAACAAAGUCAGAUGGGUUCCUUUGGUGGAAAAGAUGUCUUUCAAGAUGUUAUACCUAUGUGUACAAAAUAUCAAAAACUUAUGCAACAAGUAUUUUCUAAUCCUGAACAAGUAAUGGCCAAAUUUGUCUUGAACAUAUAUCAUCUGCGGCUUCAAAAGUACGCCGUGGCUAAAUUAGCUGACAAAAAUGACUCUGAAAAAUAUCUCCGAAACUUAUAUGAUUUAUAUACAAGAACAGUGAAGCUGUCCAAUGAUCUUAAAGUCUUCAAUAUGGGCACCGAUGAGACUUACCUUGCUAAACUUACCAGAAAUAUCUUCCAGAAAUAUUUGGAUACUUAUAUUACUAUUGAAACAAAAGCGUUUCGCGAAAAGUCAGCGGCGCUGCUUAUCGAAUAUUAUGAAUCUAAGAAUCAUCAGAAAAAACAAUUACAGACAGGCGGAUUUCAAGAAUUACGUAGAGACUUGCAAGCUGUAUUAGGUGCAAGGACGAAUAUAAAUAUUGCUCAAAUAGAGGACUAUGGAGGCGAGACGUUUCUUUCAGAAGAGUUAGCAAUUGCAAUAUUACAGAGAAGCAAACUCGCAUUUCAAAGAUGUCAAUUACUUUCGCAGCCUAAUGACAUUCCCGGAAAUGCACUCCAGAUCGUGGAGAUACUACUACAAUAUUUAAUAAGCGAGCAUUUAGACUAUGCACUGGAAUUAGGUUUACAAAGCGUUCCUAUACCAGAGAGCAGGACACAACCAGAGAUUUAUUUCUUUAAUGUGGUACAUCAGUGCAACGCGAUCGUUCGGCUCUUGGAAGAACAGUUCAACGACAGUGUAUUGCCUCUUGUCUUAUCGACACCCAAACACGCCGAGUGUUUGCUAAAGAAAAAAGCAAUUUUGGAGCAAAUUGAUGUCAAGUUGGACACUGGCUUAGACAGAAGCAUAAAUGCUAUUGUAGGCUGGGUAAAGAUAUAUCUGCAAAACGAACAGAAAAAAACAGAUUUUAAACCGGAAACUGAUGUGGAUACCGUGAAUACUCCCGCCUGUUUAGUAGUGGUUCAGUACGUGAGCGGAAUGAUACGUUUGAUCCGAAACACUUUGGACGGCAGGCACUUGGACACCGCUCUCAAGGAAUUAGGAAUCAGAUUCCACAAAGUCAUUUACGAUAAUUUGCAACAAUUUCAAUUUAAUUCUGCUGGCGCUAUGUGCGCGAUAUGCGACAUGAAUGAAUAUCGCAAGUGCAUUAAGGAACUUGAUGUUGAAUUUGUCACAAAUCUCUUUGAUACUCUACACGCCUUGUGUAAUUUGCUAUUGGUCAAGCCAGAAAAUCUGAAACAAGUUUGCACAGGAGACCAACUGAUGACACUUGAUCGCACCGUUCUACUUAACUUUAUUCAAUUAAGAACUGAUUACAAGACGCAAAAGUUAGCCAAUUGUUUAAAAGGCCUGGCAACAUGAUGACAUAGUCUACUUACAUAAGAAAAAAAUACUUUACUUUCAGCCUAAUACUUUCUAUAAUGAUUGAUAUAUAUAUAGUUGCUACCAAAUAUAUAAAAGCAAUCACUGAAAAUUAUAUAAUUAUAUUUAUAUCUGUUCAAAUACUUUUCGAGGAUUUUCGCCAUGAGGCUCGUUCACAUUAUCAUGUACAUGCAAAAGGGCGUUCACAGAAAAUAAUCCACUCUCUUCAAAUAGAUACGUUCUAUUUACUUUUUUAACAAAUCACAAAUAAAUGAAUGUCGAUUAAAAAUAUGCAAUAAUAAAUAAAAAUUUGUGUAAGAAUCUUUAUCAUCUUAAAAUUUCUGCAAGAUGCUUUUAUCAAGCAUUUCAUAAUUUUUGAUAGUAUCGUCAUGUACAUUUAAGCACACAAAGUCCUGUAAUAUAUAUAAAAAUAAAUAAUUUUGAAGACAAAGAA